UUCAGCACCAUAAACAAAUUCACUAUCCUGGCCAACCUUUGUUUUAAUUUAGAUAGAAUAACGACCAAUUUUUCAGACUUGAAGUGCAUCAGAUCAAGUUGUCACAUUCUUCAAAAGUAGGUAGAUAAAAAGUCAAUAAUAAUGAGUGAGCGAUAAGAAUAUAGGUCAAGAAUAGAGAGUAAGUUAAAGUAACAUAAUAUUCAAGACUUAAAAGAUGCAUUCUGAGCUAUUUCACGUAGGAUCUACUAUUGAUGUUUGUUGUAGCCUACCUUAUCACUAGUAUUUUGAUAUAUUUGCUACAAUCUUAGUGUGUAAAUUCACGAGAACUGUUUUUAGACUAAAGUUGAUUGAUGUUAUCUGUCGAAUUUUGUAUUAACAGUCAAAAGAAUUUCUGGUCAAUGGAUUAUUGUUUAUUGGAACGGUAACAUCAGCUGUGAAAACAGCUGUUUGCAUUUUAGCUGUUAUUUUGUGUUCUACACAACUAUCAAUUAACAGUCAUAAAUAAACAUUUCCAAGGUAUUUUUACCUUGUGAUGGCUGAUGAAGGGUUGAAGGAUUCUAAAGCUAAUGAUGGCCAGAUAGAUGACGAUCGUUUAAAUGAAGAAGAUUACCAGGAACCGGAUUGUCGUAGUGAAAAUAUAUCUGAAGAUAUCACAGAUACAGAGAUCGAGUGUUUGAAAAAGGAACUGCAAUCUGAGAUUUCAGAGUUGGAGUGGGAAUUCAAACAAGCAAAAGAGUCACUAUACAAUGAACGCAUAAUGCAAGUAGAGAAUAAAUUAAAUCAAGCGAAAAUGGGUACUGCACCUGAAUUUCUUCAUGUUUUAUCCUUGGUUGAAGAGACGUAUAAAAUUCGAUUACAGGUGGCAAAACAUAGAAUGCAAUUCGCUUUGGAAAUAACUAACAAAGAGUUGGAUAACGAGUUACAAAUCAUUCAGUGUGACGUUAAUGAGCGAUUAUUAGCAGCAGAAGAACAAAUUCGAUUAAGUCUUCAAGAGAGUUUAUGUAAACUUCAAUAUGAACGAGCUGCUCACCAAAAAAAAGCUUCUAAAGAUUCAGAAAAAGAAUAUACCAAGUCUUUUGAUCAAUAUGAUAAUUAUCUUCCUAGUCCAAAUCUUGAACCUCGAAAGAAACCAGUUACACUAUCCCCAUCUACUCCAAGACUUAUAUAUCAAAUACCUGACAAAGAUAUUCGUUCAGAUGUUGAAUUAAUUUUAGCAGCUGUAAAGAAACAUAAAUUAGCCUUUGCUAUGUCACAGCUCAAAAACGAAAAGAUAAAGUAAAUACCAACGCUUAUGUAAAGAUGUAAAUACUUUUUAUCUCUCAGUAUAUUUUUAUUUCUGUAAGUUAUGUAGUUUAUGAUGUGUGUGUAUAAUAAAAAAGACUCAAAAUAAAAUGAACAAGUUUAUACACCAACUUUUUUCCUUUUAUAAACAUUAUCUGGUUAACAUUUACGGGUGACUACUGCUCACCAGUCAAUUGUUUAUGAAAACAUCACAAAAUGAACAUUAUUUGAUUUGAAUACUUUUGUUGUGAAUCUGUUUCAUUUUUUGUGUUGCUCGUCAGUCGUUUGACGCAUAGCUGCUGUUACUAUUGCGAAUUAUACACAUAACCGAGUAACUACUAUUGAUCAUCGUUUAUUAUUUGCCUAAAAAGACUGUUUAUAGUUGC